UCACAAUGAAGCCUGAUUUGAAUCUACUUGUUUUCAUUUUCAGUUCCGUCCAGGUCUCUCUCCUGCUGGAUUAUUGUCCACCUCGUUGCCGGUGUGACUGGAGCAUCUACAGUGUUUCAUGUUUUGGUGCCGAGGUCAUGCCUUUUUUCCAUUCCAGCACACAGGAGGUGUCGCUUGUGGGAACCAAACUUUCCUCUAUUCCUCAGAAUGCUUUUGUCAACUUGGCCAACCUUUCUCGCAUAUACAUCUCUGAUGAUGAUACUAUAAGAUAUCUUGAGAGGUAUUCUUUCCACAACCUGUCCAGGGUCACCCACAUACAACUAACGGGUCUCAAAACGCUGUCACACAUUGACCAAGAGGCAUUUAAAGAUCUGCCGAAUUUAAAGUACCUCGGGAUCACCAACACGGGUCUCACCUCCUUUCCCGGGCUGCAAUAUAUUCAGUCCAGCCAAGAGGAUUUUAUUUUAGAGAUAGUGGAGAACGUCUUCAUACAAGUUAUACCUGCUAAUUCUUUCACUGGAAUAUCUGAGAACGCUCUGACCAUCAUGCUGAAUAGCAACGGCGUGAGAGAGAUCCAGCACUAUGCCUUCAACGGGAGCAGACUGGAGGAAGUGUAUCUUCACAGGAAUGUGGAUUUGGAACGAAUAGAUGAAUUUGCAUUUUAUGGCGUGAUUCAAGGCCCAACGCACUUAGACCUUUCAGAAACCAAAGUUAGCUCUCUGCCUUCAAUAGGUAUGGAGACCAUUGAAAGACUCAAGGCUAAAAACACAUGGGCCCUCAAAGUGCUGCCCCCCUUUAGAGCCUUUCUCCAUUUGCAGAGUGCUGAAUUGACCUUCCCGAGCCAUUGUUGUGGUCUCAACAUGUUGAAAAGGUGGAGAGGACACUCGGAGGCAGUUAUUUGCAACCUGACCCGCGCUGCUUUGGGAAAGCUGCAGGAAUCCUCCGCAGCUCUUUCUCAGAGGCAUCUGAGACACAAAAUCUAUCAACACGUGAACGACAGCUUCGGUCUCCCAACCGCCGACGGCAGAAAUCACAAUCAUUACAACGACACCUCCGUUUGCCCCACCGAACAGUCUCAGAAUGAGUUUUACGUGGAGUUACCUACGGAGCGUCUCAGUGAAGGUUUUGACUUUGCACUGUGUGAUGAACUCCGCGCAGAUAACCGUGGACUCUUGUGCACCCCCCUGCCUGACGCCCUGAACCCCUGCGAGGACGUGCUGAGUCACGGCUUCCUGCGGGUGUUGGUCUGGGUGGUCAGUCCGUUAGCCAUUACAGCCAACCUCCUGGUGAUGUUCAUCCUGCUGACCAGCCGGCAGAAGUUCUCCGUCACCCGUUUCCUCAUGGGUCACCUGGCGUUUGCAGACUUCUGCAUGGGGAUAUACUUGCUGCUCGUCGCAUCCGUCGACCUCUACACGCGCUCCCAUUAUCACCACUAUGCUAUUGCCUGGCAGACAGGAGGCGGCUGCGAUCUAGCGGGGACAUUAUCGGUGUUUGCCAGCGAGCUAUCCGUGUACACGUUAACUUUAAUCAGCCUCCAGCGCUGGCAUGCCAUCUUCUACGCCAUGAGGCCAGACAGGAAACUUCGGUUACGCCACGUAGCUGUGCUGAUGCUCGUUGGCUGGACGCUGUGUGUGAUUCUAGCGAUGCUGCCGGUGGUCGGUGUGAGCAGUUACCAGAGAGUGAGCAUCUGCCUACCCAUGGACACCGAGACGACUGCUGCUCGGGCCUACGUGGUCUCCGUGCUGAUGGUUAACGUCGUUGCUUUCAUGGUGGUGUGUUUGUGUUACCUCCACAUCUACUGCAUGGUGCACAAUCCCCAGCACCAGUCCAGCAGAUGUGAUACCAGCAUGGCCAAACGCAUGGCCGUUCUAAUCUUCACCAACUUUCUGUGUCUGGCUCCCAUUUGCUUCUACGGCUUGUCUGCAGCUCUCCACCAACCGCUGAUGACUGUCACCGACUCCAAGGUGCUGCUGGUGCUUUUCUAUCCUCUCAACUCUUGCGCGCACCCAUUUUUUUAUGCUAUCCUGACAAAGGCGUUUCACCGAGACCUCCUGAUGCUGCUGAGCCGGAUGGGGCUGUGCCAACGGCAAGCGCACCUCUAUCGAAGCCAGCUUGUCAGUAUUACUCCCCACAUAUACAGAGAGACGAUGUCCACCCUACAGUCCAGCCCACAUAUCCCAAAACAUUUAAAUACAGGAAUCGCCAGGCUACAAGAUGCCCCAAGGUUGCUUUUGAAAUUUGAUUAAUAUUUUUUCUUGUAGUCGUAGAUU